GUGUACUACUUGGUUCAGUUUGUAGAUGACGGUAUUUUGGACAUCAAAACUGACGACGACUUUAGAACAAGGGAAGAUGGCCUUAAAGAGGCACAGUAUGGGGAUACCUUUUACUUGUGCACAAUAAUUUUUGAAAGUGGUGAGUCUAAGCACUUUUUUUGUUUUGAUCAUCUUGUGAUAGGAAGCUAAGUUGUUUGAUUUUGCUUUUCUAUGCAAAUCUGAAAGAAUUAGCUCUGAAAUGUUACGAAAUGGCUCGGUUUUUCAUCAUGGAAGCAUGACAUUGAUGAAAAUGGUGCCACCUACUUUAAAUACAAUCCAUUUUCUUAAAAUCUUUUUGAAAAAGUCAUGAUUAAGGUCAGGGCUCGACCUUAACUUUUCAACUUACUAGCCAAGUGGUUAGUGUCAACUUAGAUGUUACAACAAUUUCAGUUUGCUUACUAGCUAGACUGGCUGGUAGAGAUUGAAAACCAUGUGUGUUUCUACCAAUGUGAUGCUAGUGUCGAGCCCUGGAGGUAUUAAGGAUAGAAAUGGAUAUUGUAAUCCCAAAUCAAUGAAAAAGGCAUGGUGACAAACUACUGGUACAUGGUGUGCCUCUUGCAAGUUGUAUAUUUUGUUGAUAGGAUUUAAUAAAAUAAUUUAAUUUGAUAAAAAUAAUUUAAAACAAGCUUCAAAUAGAUGAAAGAGGAGGCAACAAAUUCACAAACAGAUGUAGAAUCUUUUGUUGCAAACUUGUGCUGUGAUUGGUUGCUGCAACUGAAGUUUAUUUUUACUGUUAAUGGAUAUCUUUUUGAUAGCUGGAGAUGUUUUAACUUGCAGAUGAUAAAGAGGAAGUGAUGAAAAGAAAAGUUGCCAUGCAGAAAUUGAAAAACCCCAAACAAACAGAACAAAAUAAAAUGAAAAAGAUAGGAAAGAAAACAAAGGAAAACAGAAAGAAUGUUGGUGAGGAGAAGGAGGGUGAAGAAUCCACACAAAAAGAAAUGGUGGAUAGGGAAGAAAUUGCAAGAAAGAAAGCAGAACGACAGAAGAAACGAGUAGAACAACAAAAGGCUAAGGAAAACAAGGAAAGGGAAAAGGCUGUAAAAGAAAAGGAAAGAGCUGCUUUGAUGGAAAGGGAUAACCGCAUACUUGCAGAGAUGAACUCUUUAGCAAGAAAUCUAGAUGUCGAAAGCAAGCAGCCAUUUACCAAUUUAUCUGAUGAAGAGGAGUAUGAUGUUGACAGGGCUGAACCCAUGGAUGAUGAUGAAUAUUUUGGUGGAAGAGAUAUUAUAUCCGAAUGUUCAUCUUACCUUCAUCCCCCCCUCUCUCUUCCUCCCCCUUCCAACUCUGCCAAACCAGCUUUACAAACCCCAAGAGCAACAGUUGGUGGAAAAAGACCCAGGGAUUUCUCCCAGAGUCAACCACAACUUCCUCCAAGACCAACUGUGGGUGGAAAAAAGCCAAGGUCCACAUUCCACCACAGCUGCCAAAAAUGUGAGGAGUACAAGGAAAUCAUAGCUGCACAAAAUCAAGAAAUUUCUCAACUCAAGGCUCAAGGUAAUUAUAUCUCACUUUUUACAUGACUAGCACUCACAUAUUUAAUGAUAAGAUAGAAAAUGCAGGGCAUUUUCCUGUCUGCUUUUCCUUUUGCUUCUCAUUGGAUUGACUAAUUGUGAGGGGAAAGACGGAUACCAGUUGAUCAUAGUCUAUCUUGUAUAAUUUUACAAUAACUCUGAAAGUAGGAAUAAACCAUUUUAAAGCACUUUAAUAAGGCUACAACUCUUGCAAAUUGUAUUUUAAUGAUGCAUCUUAUUGUGUUUCAAAUAGUGAUGCUUGUAUUACGAUAUGAAUAUUAUUUUGAAGGGAAGAGUAUCUUUCCACAUUUACAUACUUAUAUGAAUUAAAAUACUGGUGACAGUCAAGCAGAUUGACCCACUGAUUGAUUGCUACAUUUAAUCUUCCCAUGUUAGCUAGGUAAUUAAAGCUAUGAUGUAAUCCAUUUAUCUGUUGUAGUGAAUGGUUGUUAUGAAGAGCUACCCAGACCUGGGAAAGUCCCUGAGAUUGUGGCAGCACGCUUCAAGGUAAAUGCUUUAAGGCUUAAUACCUGGCAAUUAGAUUGUGAAGCUUAAGUUAUCGAAUUUAUAUAUUUUUUAUUAUUAGAGCUUAAGAGGCAUAUCUGACAAUCAAAUGCAAUGUAGACUAAGUUUGUUUAGAGUUUUAAAUAAUUUCUUACAUGGCUAUUGUAGGAGGGACUACUUGAAAACUUCUGUGCAGGGAAUCAGUUGAAAGUGCUUUCACUGCCUUAGUGGUCAUGCACUUUCAAAAUUCAAAUGUUCACCAUAGCCUUCCUUCGAUUUAACAUUAAAAACAUGACAUGAUUGUUAUGAAAACUUUAUGGUUAAAUUUGUGUGUCCUUUUUAGAUGGUUGAGUUAUCAAAAGGUAGAGGUGUCUACUUAUACGAGGAUCACAUAAACACAGCCAAGAGUAAAAAACAGCCCAACUUCAGCAGCAUGUUUCCUGCUCAGCUGCUUUUAUAA